AUGUUUAUCGAGGACGACCUUGGUUGUGUAAUGCCUCGAAUUGUAAUACCUACCGAUGGAUUGGAUUUUCUUUACGCGUCGUAUUUAGAAUCUAAGCCAUAUGACGAUGAACAGUGUUCACAGCUUCUUUAUUAUGUUAGCUCAAGGCUUGAACCGAUAACUUAUGAUUCCAAUGGCAAUCAAAUUAAGGUUCCUGAUGAUUUCCUCAGUUCCUAUAUUAAAGACCGUAGAUUCAUUUGCAACCUUUGGCCAGGUUCGAACUUAGAGCUGUUUAAGUGGAGAGGUGAAGUUGUUCAUCGCCAUGACGGUCUUGAUUAUCCACUUAGGCUUGAAUUCAAUGAUGAGGGCUUUUUACUUUACUACUCGGCAAAGGUCACUUUAUUGCGAAAACAAGGGAAUUCUUGGGAACGAAAAACUCUCGAAUACCCCUCUUUUAUCAAGUUCUUCUCAUUUCCAGACCAAAAAACUGCUGAAUCAUAUGGAUCUCCAGUUUACAAUGAAAUGGUUCGUGAGAAAAACAUUGGAGGAGCCCCACCAUCACUUGCGGAUUACUCAUCACCAAGGGAAGAAUUUAUCGAGGAUUUACGGGUUGUCACGACUCCCAUCGAAGUCGCUGAGUGCAUUUACCCAUUAUUGAAUCAAUUGCCUGAGGAUGAGAUUUACCGUAGACACCUUCUACUUGCACCUUAUGAGACAUCUUUUUUGGACCAUGACAUUGAUUGUUAUCCAUUCGGUAAGUUUAAGUAUCGAUUUCUUCCAUCAAAUGAAACCAAUGGUAUCAAAAUUUUUGACAAGAUGUGUCUCUUGGGUAAGGAAGAUCGGAAACUAGCUGAAUUAGAAUUCGACUGUAAUAGCCGAAUUCUCACAAUCAACCCCGACAUGUUUCCGGUUGAAGUUGACUGUGAUGAUCUCGAUCUAACCAACCAAAACACUUCCAUCGUUCCCAUAAGUGAGACGUGUUUCUAUUUACGAUAUUCUACUGACCAUAAAGUAUACCAAAAGGUGAAUGAAAUAAGGGAGUUUCUCAGUAGACGUUCUAACAACCCUACAAUAUAACUCACGUUUCACACCUUAUGCAUAUUUAUUCGAUUAUCUAAACUCCAAAGAGUUUUUAAACCAUUCCAUAUCCAAUUACCUAGCCCAGGAUAGGAUACGAUAGUGUCAGAGUUUAAUUUUUCUCUCAUUUCUUCGGAUUCUUAA